CCACACACGUAUAAAUAUCCGAUUUUUUAUUACCUUUUCUUAUUCGAUCAAUUAAAAUCGCUCCCAAUUCGGUUUCUCUUGAUCUCGCCGUAACGUCGAUUCCGAGAAGAGGAGAAACAUUUGGAAGAAUUUCAAGGGAUUUUGAAGGUGGGGUUUUCUGGGUUAUUCUAGGUUGAAGAAAUGGAGUUGGAGUGUAAUUUCGGAAUACAGAGAUUGGAAUUGGUUGAAUCUCUAAACAUAGAGGAGGAUUCUGUAAUGGAAUCAGGAUAUGGGGAUUUCGGGUGCAGACAUUACAGAAGAAGAUGCAAGAUUAGGGCACCCUGUUGCGAUGAAAUCUUCGAUUGCAGGCAUUGCCACAAUGAAAAAAAGAAUUCAAUGGAAGUCGAUCCUCUUGAUCGUCAUGACGUACCUCGGCACAAGAUUGCGAAGGUUAUAUGCUCUUUAUGUGAUACAGAACAAGAUGUUCAACAGAAAUGUAGAAAUUGUGGGGUUUGUAUGGGGAAGUACUUCUGUACAAAAUGCAAGUUCUUCGACGACGAUGUUUCAAAGAACCAAUACCACUGUGAUGGUUGUGGGAUCUGCAGAACCGGAGGCGAGGAGAACUUCUACCAUUGUUAUAAAUGUGGAUGUUGUUACGCGAAAUCAUUGAAGAAUUCACACUGUUGUAUUGAAAGAGCAAUGCAUCAUAAUUGUCCCAUCUGCUUCGAGUAUGUGUUUGAUUCUACCAAAGACAUUAGUGUACUACCAUGCGGCCAUACGCUGCACUUGGAUUGCUUGAAGGAGAUGGAAGCACAUUUUCAGUUUUCAUGCCCUGUCUGUUCAAAAUCCGUCGGUGAUAUGUCUAGUAUGUGGGAACAGCUUGAUCAAGAGGUGGCUUCUACGCCGAUGCCCGAAACCUAUCAGAACAAGAUGGUUUGGAUCCUCUGCAACGACUGUGGGACAACUUCAGAGGUUCAUUUCCAUGUAGUGGCACAUAAGUGUUUAAGUUGCAAAUCAUACAAUACUAAGCAGACUCGUGGGGGGCCAGCUUCAUGCUCAUCAAGGAUCUGAAACACAGAAAGAAAAUUACUUAUAAUGAGGCCAGUUAGAUAUAUAUCUUUUGUUACAAAGAAGUGGCGAAAAUAAGCUUCUUUUUUUUCUUUUUUUUUUUUUACGCAAAAAGGGCAAUACAUUAUAAAGGCAGUAACACCAAUAAGAGUAUGGUGUUCUGCGGAAAAGAAAAGAGUACAAAGCUCAAUUAUAGUAGAGCUGUUAUUCCACCGGAUCAAGCAUAGCUUCCCAAUUACUUAGGACCCGACUUAUGGAGAUUUCCUCAAAAAGAUUAGAACUUGACUGACCAGUUAUAUAUGAAAAUUUUGACAGUGUCAAUAAUUUCAUCUAAACUUUUAUA